GAAGCAGAUCGCCGCUUCUUGUUAAUUAUCUGAAACAUGGCGCUGUCUAGUGUAUUGAGGGGUGAGUCUGCGGAUUUUGCAGAUCGCUUUAAUCAGCCUUUUGCCCACGGUUGUGGCCUUAACCAGACGGAUCUCGGCUUUGGAGCAGCCCUGGAUGAUAGUCUGAGCUUCGCCGUGAAACCGCUGGGUGAAGGAGAUGAACCGGAGAGAAAAAUCGAGUUUCUUCACGGCACGACCACCUUAGCAUUCAAAUUUCAGCAUGGUGUCAUUGUGGCUGUGGAUUCCAGAGCGACAGCCGGCUCAUACAUCGCUUCACAGACAGUGAAGAAGGUGAUUGAAAUCAACCCGUACCUGCUUGGCACCAUGGCUGGAGGAGCCGCGGACUGCAGCUUCUGGGAGCGUCUGCUGGCCAGGCAGUGCCGCAUCUACGAGUUGCGCAACAAAGAGCGCAUUUCCGUGGCAGCUGCCUCCAAGCUACUGGCUAACAUGGUUUAUCAGUACAAAGGCAUGGGCCUCAGCAUGGGCACGAUGGUCUGCGGCUGGGACAAAAGAGGACCAGGGCUGUACUACGUGGACUCGGAGGGCAACAGAGUGUGCGGAGACCUGUUCGCAGUUGGUUCGGGAUCCAUGUACGCCUACGGUGUCGUCGACAGCGGCCUUCGCUACGACCUGACCGUAGAAGAAGCCUGCGACCUGGGCCGCCGCGCCAUCUACCAAGCUACCUACCGUGACGCCUACAGCGGAGGCCAAGUCAACCUCUACCGCGUUCACAGCGAGGGCUGGGAAAGGGUCUCGCAGGAAGACGUGCUUCAGCUGCACCUUAAAUACCAGAGCGAGAAAGCAUAAAAGGAGGGGUUGGGAGGAGAAAAGAGAUGAGGGAAGAGGUCACACAGGCAGUUGGGUUUCAAAAGAAAGGAUGAGACUGGUUAGAUAAGGAAUGAAUUGCAGAUUAGUGAUAUAACCUGAAAGGCACUUUGGUUAACUUAAUGAAAUCAAAUCUGCUUUCAAGAAAGUUAAUGCCAGGUUUUCUGUAAGAGCUGGCUCGUCUGUACAUGAGAACAUGAGCAAAGCUGUCUCACUCCCUCUCUUUUUCUCUUUCUCUCAUCUCUCGAAGUUAGACCAGUUUCCGUUAUUUCUCACAUAUGUUAUUUGUCAAGUUUUCAACCAGUUUCAGUAGUAUUACAAACCCAGCCAUUGCUGUUCCACUUGUUGUUUGUGAUUAUAAAAUAAGGGGGCGCUGUAUCCCAAUGGACAUCAUGACAAGCCAAAACUCCAGUUGGCCAGCUUUCACUGAGUAGGUGUGGGCUUCUGUUCUUCUCAUCUCACAUGUAUCUGCAGUUACCACAGUUACUAAACCUGCUCUGAAUAAACCUUGGAUUUUUGCUAUAUAAGUGUUAUUUUUUUUCUUUUGAUCCUGAUGUAUCGUUUGGUAAGUGUUUUGACAGGUGUUUACAAGUUUGUGCAGUGGCUACGAAAUGUAUUCAGAAUCUUAAGUCACAGUUGAUAUAUGAAUGACAUUGCAUUAGAUAACAAAAUAUCAAACCAGCUGUAUCUGCACAGUGCCAGCAUAUUUUCUCUACUACUUUUCAAUAGAACUGCUUUUCUUGUCUAUUUUUGCAGUUACUUUUAAGGUUUUUUUUCCCCAAGCUUAUUUUAGUGGGGUCUUCAGAAUGAAAUUUUCAUUUAAUAUUAACCUGUGUUCUAUUUAUGAAAAAAAUAUAGUCAAUAGUAAAAAAAAAUGGCUAAUUUCAGCAGAAAUGCCAUAGGAAACAUCUUAUUCCAUAUAGGUUAUUCAAAUAUGAUAUCAAAUAUUGUGUUGCGUUGAGAGCCACUCAUCUAAGCCCUGCUGACAUUAAUUUCAACAGUGUAUUUGUUGUAUUAUCGCUUCAAAUCCAUACUUAUUGUCGAGAAGCUGUGUUUGUGCUAAUCUUCAUUAAAAUAACUGUCACUUGG